AUGGAAUCAAACGUUUGGUAGAUAAAGGUCCCAGUAACUAGAAAUAGAACUCCGAAUUCAGCAUUAUGUAAUCCGCCCCCUAAUUGUGUCAAUAAAAGGAUAUCUCUAUUUUUCGAUUUUUGUCUUUUCUUGUGUGUCUGCUUUUUAUAAUGAGUAAAGUAAACUUGUUUUAUAACCUAAAGCCAGUAGAAAUAAAGCCAGUGGGAAAGGACAGUAUCUCGCUUGUAGAUUAUAUCAAACAAAAGUGUCCUUCACUUUAUGGACCAAAAGCAGUGUAUCAUCCAACACCCUAUCUAUUUAAUGGUCAUCUUCAAACUGGUUAUGCAGCUUAUUACAAUUACUCACCUACAGUAAAAGAUGUCAAUUAUGAACGAGAAUUGAUUCAAACACCAGAUGGCGGCCAAGUAGCUAUUGAUUGGACAUUGCCUCGAAUUCCUGAUGAACAAAAGGUACCUACACUCGUCGUUCUUCAUGGAUUAACCGGAGGAAGUCACGAAUCUUAUGUUCGUAGCUUGUUGGAAGUGCUUGUUCAUCCACCUUUUAAUUAUCGUGCAGUUGUUAUGAAUAGUCGAGGCUGUGCUGAAUCAGAGAUCAUAACACCACAGCUGUAUAAUGGCGCCUAUACAGACGAUCUUCGAGUAGUACUAGCACAUAUUCAAAAGAAACUAGGUGAUGAUACCCCAUUAGUUGCCAUCGGAUUCUCGCUUGGAGCCAAUAUCUUGGUCAAGUAUCUUGGAGAGGAGAAAGAAAAGACACCGUUCAAGGCCGCUGUGUCUGUUGCAAAUCCAUAUGAUUUUAGAGCAUCUAUGGACCACAUGGAAUCUUCUUUUAUGGGUAAAACAGUGUAUUCUCCUGCCAUGGCAGAAAACCUAAAACGAAUCUUUUCCAAACAUAUGCAUGUACUUGAAAAGGGCGGUAAAGUAAAGCGUGAAGAGGUAUUAGCGGCACGAACCCUUCGUGAAUUUGAUGAUACUUGCACGAGAAAGAUUUCUGGCUAUACAACUGUGAAUAAUUAUUAUAGAGAGGCUAGUUCAUGUCGAUUCAUUGAACAUGUCAAGAUUCCCCUGCUGUGUCUUACUGCAUUAGAUGACCCUAUUGCCUACUCACAAUGCAUACCUUAUGACGAAAUCAAAUGUAACCCUAAUGUUGUCUUAGCCACAACAUCACAGGGUGGACAUAUUGGAUGGUUUGAACAUGUAUUGCGUCCUACCCGAUGGUGUGUUAAGCCACUGUCUGAAUAUAUUGUAGCCAUGUUUCAGGCAUUUGAUGUGAGAGAAAGCAAAAAGGGAUUAAGUGGUGAACAAGUAGAUGAACAAGUGGAAAAAGUGCAACAUGAAAUAAACAAACAAACAUCAGAUGCAGUUGCUUAAUAUGCAUAAACUGUGACUACGGAAUAAAUCUAACCCCCUUUUCAUGGACCAGUUACUUAUUUUAUCACU